ACUGUCAGUUGUGUUGUAUUUCAAAUUUGUGUUAACGGUCGUACCGGCUUCAUCUGGGAGGAUAACCGUUGUGAAACGUUUUUACGUAGAUUUUAGAUUUCUCUGAGCUUUUGUAGUUGUUUUCAGUGCAGGAAUUUGUGUUUUUUUCGUUUACUUAAGUGACAUAACUGGAUUUGUUUCCACAUUUUAAAAUGGCCGCAUUAAACAAUUUUGAACAGCUGUUACAAAACGUUACAAACAUUUCCGAAGAAAAGACGAAGAAGUGGUGGGACGUUGUUGUCAGUAUGAUGGGCACAAAUGACGUGACAGUGCAUUGGAGUCAGAUUUUUGUGAAACAAGUUACGGAAUUAUUCGACGAGAUGAUUGAUGAAUCGAUUCAAAAACGUCUUGAAAUGCUGAACAAGAUCGAGGUGCUAUUACAAAAAUCGUCCUCGCUGUGCAAGGACUUGAAUAUAAAAUUGCCGAGUUACGGAUCCCAACAGUUAACAUUGUGUGAAGAACAAGAAUACCUUUUAACGUGGAUCAGCAGGCACGAACAAAAGUUAGAAGAAAUAAAGACAGAAAUUAAAAAACUAAAUAAAGAAGAAAUGUUGCUAAUGAAAUCUUUAGGAAGAACCCCCUGUCCAUUACCCGUAAAUCCGCUACCUUGCAACGAUACCAUUACAAAAUUUAAAGCCCAUCUGGAAGAGCUCGAGUCUUUAAAAUUCGAGCGAGAAGAACAAUAUUUCGCCGCGAAAUCUGAAAUAUUGAACCUUGUCGAAGAGCUUCAAUACGAGCCGGCUUUAGAUUUCGAACGUGCUGUCUUAUCACAAAAUGAUUCGUUGUUCGAGGUCUCCGACCCUAAUAUGGAGAAAGUGCACUCAUUUCUGGAUUCAUUAAAGCAGCUCUCGGCCGAAAUGAAAGAGGAGAUCGCCAGUUUGAGAGAAAAGCUUAACUCGAUGUGGGACUUGCUCAACGAAGAUUUGAGAGUACGUGCGGAUUUUGCGAAGAAGACCACCUACAACAGUAAGCAAACGUUAAAAGCCCUCCAAGAGGAGGUUGCACGAUACGAAGAUCUUAAAAGAGCUAAUAUAGAGCAAUUCGUGUCGCGUGUUCGUAAGGAGCUGGUGACUUUGUGGGAAAAGUGCCAUAUUAGCGAAGAGGAAAGAUCUAGGUUUGAGUACUUCAAUAGUGAGGUAUAUAGUGAGGAUCUAUUGAGUAUUCAUGACUUAGAGCUGAGAAAGUUACAUGUUUACUACAGCAACAACAGUGACUUAUUUGCACUGCUGGAAAAGCGUUCUGAACUGUGGAGUAGAAUGUUGGAAUUGGAGAAUAAUGCUUCGGCUCCUGAUCGUUUGAAAAAUCGGGGUUGCCAGUUAUUGAAGGAAGAAAAAGAAAGAAAUACGCUGCAAAAACGUCUACCAAAGAUAGAACAAGAGCUGAUACGUCUGGCAGAUCUGUAUGCAGUAAAACACAAAAAACCUUUCUAUUCGUACAGUAAGACUGUGCAUGAGAUCAUUGCUGAGACCCAUAGCACUCUUGAUGAGGAUAAAAAACAGAAACUAAGUAUUCUGAAGCAGAAAAGGGAGCAGACACUUACGCCAGGUAAACUGGGAAUGACGUCCAGUUUGAGUGUUCACAAUUUGGCCCAAACGCCACAAACUGGCAGCAAAAGGAAACUGCUGAUGCCCUUCGAGCCGCCGUCAACAAGAUCGAAGAUUCUUCAUGAACGAAAUUUUCCCGCGACAGCUCCAUCCAAAUUGGCACACGCGCAACACACGGGUCGCUCACAUUACAAUACCGAGAGGGCAAAACGCAUUCAAAAAUGUCGUCGUUUGUCUCGAAGAAAAUUACAAAACGACCUCGAAAACGUUUCGACAGAAUACAACAUGUUCGAGAAGGAUUUGGCUCACAAAGAAGGGUGCAGAAGCACCUUGUAUGAUAAGGAGAAUGUACUCGCCAUACCUUUACCUGCGACACCACAGCCGGGCAGAACAAAUUAUGAGAAUUGCAAAUUUUAAUUAAUUAGAUUUAAUAUUGUUAACAUUUUAAAUGUAUGGUGUUUAUUUUAUUUAUUUUUCCUUUAGUUAUUUGUAAAUUUGUAUCAUUUAAAUAUGUGCAAAAUAGUAUUAUAUUUUUAUAUAUAUAUUUAAUAUUUUUUUUAUUAUUGAUUAAUUUCUUUUUAACAGAAACUCGCUUUCUGAUGAUGUAUAUAUGUAUAUAUUUUACUCUAAGCACUACAAAUAGGUUUAAAAGAAGAUAUUAGUGAAGUACUAAUAAAAAAACUAACAAAUUUCGAUAUUAAAUAUUGAGACAGACCGGACAGACUAAGAUAUCGAGAAUCAAUCUAUUUAAAUGAUCACACCUUUAUUUUAUAAAUAACACUUGAAAUUUUACUCAAGAAGCUGCUUUGAGAAUCGUCAAAUGUUUCUACUUAUAAACGCAUUUUGAAGUAUAAUUGUAACAAUUUUUCUGUGAUCGCAUUUCAACAGUGUGAUGAUUUUUUCAAAUAGUUUAGGAAUUCGUUAAAAAAAUUUCCUCUCAAUAGUCAAACAGAAGUAAACAAUGUCUUCUUGGCUGCGUACUUGAUUACCAUAUUUGACACGGAGCGGUUGCAUUAUAAUAGAAAAAUCGGUACUUUAGAAAACCACAAUAAAUAGAAAGUUAAUUUGUACUUAUAGUAAUACUAAUUUGG